GCAAACACAGUGAGAGAUCGAGCAGGGCUAAGCCUGAAAGAGUGAGUGAGUGAGUGAGUGAGCGAGCGAGAGAGGGAAGCAGUGGUGUGUUUGUGGAAUUGAAGGUGAAACAUGCUGUCCCGCAGCUCUCUGCUUUGGUCUGGGGCUCUGCUCCUGGGGCUUUGGGCUCAGCAGGCCUGGGCUGCUGAUGACUUCCAGCACCAUGGCUAUGAAGAGAUGGUGCGCGCUCUGUUCUCUGUGCAGAGCCAGUGCCCCUACAUCACCCGCAUCUACAGCAUCGGCCGCAGCGUGGAGGGACGCCACCUCUAUGUCCUGGAGUUCAGCGACAACCCUGGCAUCCAUGAAGCAUUGGAACCAGAGUUCAAGUACGUGGGGAACAUGCAUGGUAAUGAAGUGUUGGGACGAGAGCUGCUUAUCUACUUGUGCAAGUUCCUGUGUGAGGAGUAUAUCGCAGGCAACCAGCGGAUAACCAGCCUCAUCCACAACACACGCAUCCACAUCCUGCCCUCGAUGAACCCAGACGGAUACGAAGUGGCAGCCAGGCAGGGUCCGGAAUUCAAUGGCUACCUUGUGGGCCGUGGGAAUUCCAGAGAUGUCGACCUCAAUCGCAAUUUCCCAGACCUGAAUGGCCUCAUGUACUACUACGAGAAGAACAACGGCAAAAACCACCACCUGCCCCUGCCAGACAAAUGGGAACUACAGGUUGAACCAGAAACUCUGGCAGUCAUUAAAUGGAUGCAGAACUAUAACUUUGUUCUCUCAGCAAACCUGCAUGGAGGGGCAGUGGUGGCCAACUACCCCUUUGAUAAAUCCCGCGAGGCCCGUAUUAGAGGGAAGCCUACAUAUUCAGCCACCCCAGACGACAAGAUUUUCAAAAAGUUGGCAAAGGUCUACUCCUUCGCUCACAGUUGGAUGCAUAAAGGCUGGAACUGUGGAGACUACUUUGAGGAGGGGAUUACUAAUGGAGCCAACUGGUACUCCCUAUCAAAGGGCAUGCAGGACUUUAACUACCUCUAUACUAACUGUUUUGAGAUCACUCUGGAGCUGAGCUGUGAUAAGUUCCCCCCAGCCAGUGCUCUAGCCAGAGAGUGGCUAGCCAACAGGGAGGCUCUGGUAUCCUACCUGGAACAGGUACAUCAUGGCAUUAAAGGAAUGGUCUACGAUGAGAAUAACAACCCAGUCAGCAAUGCAGAAAUCUCUGUGGCAGGCGUAAGCCAUGACAUAACUACAGGAGCAGAUGGAGACUACUUCCGCCUGCUUUUGCCAGGAACCUACACUGUGACUGCUUCUGCACCAGGGUACCAGCCCUCUACCAGUACAGUCACAGUUGGACCUGCAGAGGCCAUACAGUUACACUUCUAUUUGAAACCUGCACCAAAAGUGUCAAACUUGAAUGUGAGGGGCCAUCAAGGCAAGAAAAACUUGACCGCCAAAGUUCCUCCAGCCAACCUUGGUCCAAGAUAAAAACAGAAGGACACUUCUCUCAACAAAGAUAAACUCCUGUCUCUUUCCCAGAAAGGAAAAGGAGGUGAAGAGCGCGGAGAAGUGUGGUCUAACUCCGAAUCACAAACUUCACCUUUUCUAUUCCACUGAAAUAUACUCUCUCAGUCCUCAGUUUGUAUAGGUCUUGAAUAGUGUUUUUACAGGGACAUUCUUUUGCUAUGAGUGUCUUAUUUAUGUCAUACAAAAGAACUGUAUGUGUUUGAUAAUAAGGACAGAUUCAGUGAAAAGACUCAUAUUAGUCAUACUCUAAUUUAGAUAGUUAGACAAUGUUAUGAAGUGCAACAGACAUACAUCAGCACUUACAGCCAGUGAAACACAGGACAAAGAUAAUAUUUUAGAGCCAAAAAACUGAAUUGUCAAAUAUGCUGGUGAAAAGGGUCCUCAGUCCGGAUUGUUUUGGAAGGUCUGUGACAUUUGUAAAUCAUUUUAUGACUUGAAUAAUAAAAAUGAGUAUUGUAUACAUUAAAAAAUAACAGAUGCAUUUAGCCUUUCUGUGAUUUUGUGACUAUGUAGUAAGACUGUUGUUACAUUAAAUGGCCCAUAAUAAAAACAUUUUCCUAA